AACUAAUGGGGAUCCAUAAUAAAUAAUAAAUAAACCAUAGAAAACCAUCUAGCCGUGAGGUAAUUUGAAAGACAAUAAGGAAUUUCUCUAAUCUCAUAUUCAGCCUGUCACCUUCCAGCAAACCACAGCCAGUCAGAGGCUGCAAGCUAUUUUAGUUGUUUAUAUAAAUACCUUAGGAUUUGUGAUUUUUAUUGUAUUUGCCAAUUUUAAAAACAAUACAACCACACAUGGACAAAAUGCAUUUACAAUCAUUGACAAUGUGAUGCAUCUAAUUAUUUACAGUUUAAAUAGAUUAAUUACAUAUUGAUUAUACCAAAAAUCGGCUACAUUUGUCAUUAAUUUAACAUACUAUAUAUGAGGGAAUACAAAGUUAUUUUCUAGCAAUAAAUUAUACUCCCUCAACCGCCUCACCCACUUGAAGAAAAGUGUUGAUGACUAUGUACAGUAGGUGGCGGCACCUCUUAAACACCACAGAAGAAGCCGAAAAGCAUCAACAGGAAGUUCUUUGUUGCCAUCCUCUAUCGAGUUUUCAAACCAAAAUAAAAAAUUCUGAUGUAAAAUGUGUCUCCAUGAGACGUUUGUUUGUCACAACUUAAAUCCAGUUUUGAUAUUUAAAAGGACGUUUGAUUGCGCUGGUCUAGCUUUUCUUUAUCUGAACGCUUUGACAAAGAAAGUAACUCUAGCGUACACAUUUACUUUCAUGUUUUUUUAUUUUAAGAAAGAAUCGCUUCCGAGAUGGAUCGGCAGCCAACCAGCAGUGCAGCUACCAGUCCCAGGGGACCCCUCAAGGAGGACAGAGCCAGCCCGUCCCCCUCCAGCCUGCCGGAGUCCCCUGGUCGCAACUCUCCUGAUAUCGGCUUAUUGCUGGGUCUGAAGAGGCUGUCUGUGCGGCUGGUCGACUGCAGGAAAACACUAGGGCAGAGUGGAACUGUGAGAGGGGGGCACGAGGAGGAAGACUUGAUUUCAUCAAGUAAGAACAAUGGGGACACCCUUAACUUUCGCUCUCUCAAUGGGAGGGACUUAUCUGGGGAGCCUCAACAUCAUGUUUGUGACAAGGUAGAGAAGAGUCUCUCCCGAUCAGAACACCUCAAGAAGCACAGACGUACAGGGAAGAAACCUCACCACUGCUGCUCUGACUGUGGGAAGAGUUUCACUAGCAGGAGUGGUUUCAUAAUGCACCAACGGAUUCACACCGGAGAGAAACCGUACUGUUGCUCUCAGUGUGGGAAGAGUUUUGCUGCUUCUAACACCUUCAAAUCUCAUCUGAGAAUUCAUACAGGAGAGAAACCUUACAGAUGCUCUCAGUGUGGGAAGAGUUUUGCUGCUUCUAACACCUUCAAAUCUCAUCUGAGAAUUCAUACAGGGGAGAAGCCUUACCCCUGCCUUGAUUGUGGUAAAAGCUUUGCUAACUCGGGAAUUUUAACCAUACACCAGCGUGUACACACUGGAGAGAAGCCUUACAGCUGUAAUCAUUGUGGGAAGAGCUUUGCUCGAUCAGGAGAGCUGACUACACACCUGGUAACCCACACUGGAGAGAAGCCUUAUGUAUGUCUGUGUGGGAAGAGCUUUGCUCUAUCAGGACACUUGAAUAGACACCAGCGAACACACACUGGAGAGAAACCUUAUAGCUGUGAUCAGUGUGGGAAGAGCUUUGCUCUAUCAGAACACCUGAAUAGACACCAGCGAACACACACAGGAGAGAAACCUUAUAGCUGUGAUCAGUGUGGGAAGAGUUUCAGUCUAUCAGGGACCUUAAAUACACACCAGCGAACACACACUGGAGAGAAACCUUAUGUCUGUCUAUGUGGAAAGAGCUUUGCUCAUUUAGGGCCAAUGAGAAAACACCAGAAAGCACAAACGUGCUGUAUUUCAUCUUCUUCCUAUCCGACACCGGUUCCAGAUUCCUAAAUAAAUGUUCAAUAGAAAACAUCUAGUGAACCCUAACCCUAAAUAAAGGAUAAAUACAUUUUAAAAAACUAUGGAACAGUCAUAUCCAUCUCCCAUUGUUAAACAGUUGACUUAGUCUGAUCACCAUGGUAACCUCUGUGCAGCAUAAUAUGCAGCUCUGAUCUAGGAUCAGAUCUCCCCUGUGUCUAUGUAAUAUCACACUUUGGGAUUUAAAUGGAUACAUUUUAUCAUAGAAUAUGUCAUAGUCAACGUGUGUGUUUACUAAUCAAUGACGCAUUGAAUAAUAAUAUUCAUGAGGUCAAGGAAAGAACUAUGUAUGCUGUGUCUUGUAACAACUGUUAAUGUGUAAACUUUUAGAUUUAUAAUGUAAUAAAACCGGUAAAUGUAA